AUGGACUCUGUCUCUGGACUCAACAACUCAUUCGGGUUCACCGCCAUUGACGCACGGCGUCAUCUCAAUGGUAUCGGUGUCGAUGUGAUGCGAAGCGACGACAUUUUGAAAAUUACAAAGCAACCGUUUAGAGCCUUGACCGUGUUGCUCCUCUCAGCCAUUCUACUAUCGCUUGUGGCAAGAGUUUCAAGACGUUACCGCCAUCUCGCCGAGUAUCGAGGUCCAGGAAUUGCAGCAUAUACCCGGCUAUGGAUCUGCCGGACCAUCGCCUCGGGAAACUCCGCAAAGAUCAUGGUCGACAUCAACAAACAGUAUGGACCGAUCGCCCGCAUUGGCCCGAAUCACCUUUUGACCAGUGACCCCGAACUUGUCAAACACAUACUCGCUGCACGCUCUCACUACACGCGAGGAGCAUGGUUCGACUCAAUCCGCAUUGAUCCAGAAGUGACAAACAUUGUCUCGGAGCGAGAUACCGGCCGCCACAAUCAUCUGCGCCAUCAGAUGUCCGGCGGGUAUGGUGGCAAAGAAGUGGAAAAUCUGGAAAGAGAUGUCGCCAGCCGGGUCAUGGAGUUUGUCUCCUGGCUUGAAGAGCGAGUCACCGAAUGUGGCAAUGGCAAACAGCCCAUUGAUCUGGCGAGACCUAUCCAGUAUCUGACGAUCGAUAUUAUCACACAUUUGUGCUUUGGCUACCCGCUUGGGUUCGUUCGGGAGAACAGGGACUUAUUCAACUUCUUGCAAACGAUCGAGACGCAAUUGCCGAUUGUGCAGCAUUUCUCGGUCAUCCUGGAGCUGAAUACGCUGCUGCGGACUCUGGUAAAAGUGCCCUUCCUGCGGCCCUUUAUCACUCCAUCAGCUCGCGACAAGUCUGGAAUUGGAGUCAUCAUGGGGCUCUCGCGUGAGGUGAUCGACAAACGCUAUGCCCCUGGAGCUCCAGCUGAGCGGGAUAUGCUUGGAGCGUUCAAAAAGCACGGGAUCACUGCUGACGAAGCGGUGACGGAAGUCUCGAUUUCCUUGGUCGCCGGAUCCGACACGACAGCAACUUCGAUGAGAGCAAUCCUGCUCAUGAUCAUCUCGAACCCAAGAGUUUACGGAAAACUUCAACAAGAAAUCGAUGACUUCGCCGCAAAAGGAAUGCUGAAUAGCCCUGUGGCCGACGAGCAGUCCCGGCAAAUGCCAUAUCUCCAAGCCUGCAUCAAAGAGGGUCUUCGCCGGUACCCACCUAUCACUCAGCUGCGAGAGCGCGUGAGCCCGCCCGAGGGCGAUAUUUUCCAUGGCCAUCGAAUCCCUCCAGGUACAUUCGUGGGCAUCAACGCCUGGGGCUUGCAGCUGGACCCGGUAUAUGGUCCCGAUGCAGAUGUCUUCCGACCUGAGCGAUGGCUCGAAGCGGAGCCUGAGCAGCUCGUUGCCAUGACGCAGGUGCAUGGAUUGAUUUUCGGCUAUGGCAAUACGAAGUGUCUCGGCAUUCCUAUUGCUAUGAUGAACUUGAAUAAGUUCUUUGUCGAGGUCCUACGACGGUACGAUGUGGCAUUGGCGGACGCUACGCAACCAUGGAAGUCCUUGUGCUAUGGCAUUUUCUUUCAGAAGGACUUCAAUGUCGUUAUUUCUCGCCGGGAAGAGGCUGUGUGA